AUGUCGAGCCACGAGGACGAGCCUCCUCCUAAUGUGAGUCUCCCAGAGGAGAUCUGGCAGAACGUGGCCUCCCGUCUCAGCUUGCGGGAUUGGGCCAGGGCAUCCGGACUGCGGUCACCAGCAGGGAGGGUGGUUGCAACGACACUGAUGGCCGCUCAGAACACGUCCAGCAAUGUAUCCCAGCUGGUGCUGGCGCUGGAUUGGGUUCAGCUGCUGCAAGAAGAUGAGGGCCAUGCGGAUGGCACUCAGCUGCUGAGCUACUUGGCUGCGGCUGCAGAGCGCCUGCGCACAGUGCUGCCAGCGCUGCGCACCUUCCGGUGGAGUGCAUUUUAUAUGAAGUUCGGACUGCCACCCGUGCUGCAGCCAUCAAAUACACUCAGUAGAGUGGUGCUUGACGUGUACAGGUUUGCGCCGCAGCAAGCCGCCCUGCGCAGUGCUUUUUCCCCGUUCACCAGUGUCCUCAUUGCAUGCGAGACUGGAAUCAUUGACCUGUCAGGCGGCAGGUGGCGCCACCUGUCAGCAGUGCAUGUGGAAGGGAAGCCGUCCGCGCUCUUUGCCUUUUGA